CACGGGUCACGUGACCCUAAAUUUGGCGCGCCGCGUUGUUUGUUGUUAGUUCUAUAUUACAAUUCACUGCCCUACAACUGGAUCUUGAUUUAGUGUGGCAACAUACAACAAAUGGCCCCUAAAGAUUACGGUGCUGACAAAGCAAAAGUAACAACAUUCUUAAAGGAAUACUACACAGAUGACAGUGAUGGGAACAAAGACCAUGUAUACUCCAAACAGCUGACAAAGAUAGCCCACAGAGAGCAGGUGGCACUGACUGUAGAUGUUGAUCAUCUCUCAGACUUUGACCCAGAUCUGGCAGAUUCUGUUCUAGAGAACAGCAGAAGAUAUGUCCAGAUUUUUGGUGAGGUUGUCCAUGAACUUUUGCCUGAAUUUAAAACAAGAGAGGUUCAGAACAGAGAUGCCCUGGAUGUUUACAUUGAACACAGGCUCCUCAUGGAGCAGAGGAACCACCCAGCUGAUUCUGAAGUUACCAGGGACCCAAGAACUCGUUAUCCACCCGAAUUAAUUAGAAGAUUUGAGAUCUAUUUCAAGGCACCUACCCAACAAAAGUUUGCGUCUAUUCGAGAAAUAAAAGCAAGCAGUAUAGGCAAGCUGGUGUCUGUAAAAGGUAUCGUCACGCGAACAACAGAGGUCAAGCCAAUGAUGGUAGUGGCUACAUACACUUGCGACACAUGCGGCAAUGAAACUUACCAGCCAAUCACCAGCACAUCCUUCAUGCCCAUGCUCAUGUGCCCAAGUCAAGCUUGCACCACCAACAGAUCUGGGGGCCGUCUCUAUCUACAAACCCGCGGCUCAAAAUUUGUCAAAUUUCAAGAAGUCAAAAUACAAGAACAUAGUGACCAAGUACCAGUUGGCAACAUUCCUCGCUCAAUGACAAUUUAUUGCCGAGGUGAAACAACACGCAAAUGUCAGCCUGGGGAUCAUGUCUGUGUUACUGGUAUAUUUCUUCCUCUCAUGCGCCAAGGUUUCCAGCAGAUUGCUCAAGGCCUUCUAUCUGAAACAUUUCUUGAAGCACAUAGAAUAGUGCAGCUCAAUAAAACAGAAGAUGACAUCAAUGAUGGACAAGAUUUAACACCAGAGGAGCUAAGCCUUGUAGCAGAGGACACAUUUUAUGAGAAAUUGGCCACAAGUAUUGCCCCUGAAAUCUACGGCCAUUCUGAUGUGAAGAAAGCUCUGCUAUUGUUGCUGGUGGGUGGUGUUGAUAAAUCACCUAAAGGAAUGAAGAUCAGAGGCAACAUCAACAUCUGUCUCAUGGGGGACCCUGGAGUGGCAAAAUCUCAGCUUCUCUCAUACAUUGAUAGACUAGCCCAUCGCAGUCAGUACACAACUGGCCGAGGGUCAUCAGGAGUUGGUCUAACAGCUUCUGUCAUGAAAGACCCAAUCACUGGGGAGAUGAUGCUUGAGGGCGGGGCUCUUGUCCUGGCUGACGAGGGGGUGUGUUGUAUUGAUGAGUUUGACAAGAUGAUGGACAGUGACAGGACGGCAAUUCAUGAGGUCAUGGAACAGCAAACUAUCUCUAUAGCUAAGGCUGGUAUCAUGACAAGUCUCAAUGCUCGCGUGUCCAUCUUAGCCGCCGCCAAUCCGGCUUAUGGUCGCUACAACCCCCGCAAGUCUGUAGAACAAAACAUUCAGCUCCCUGCUGCCCUGUUGUCCAGGUUUGACCUGCUGUGGCUUAUGCAGGACAAGCCAGAGCGGGAUAACGAUCUCAGACUAGCUCAGCAUAUCACUUAUGUGCAUCAACAUAAUGUCCACCCUCCUCUCACAUUUCAACCUCUGGAUAUGAAGCUCAUGAGGCGCUAUAUUAGCCUCUGCAAGUCUAAGAACCCAACUGUUCCGGAAUCGCUAGCCGAGUACAUCACGGGAGCAUACGUUGAGAUGAGGAAAGAGGCACGCAACAACAAAGACAUGACCUUCACCUCUGCACGUACACUGUUGGCAAUCUUGCGUCUGGCCACAGCUUUGGCUCGCCUUCGUCUAGGGGACACAGUUGAGAAGGAGGAUGUGAACGAGGCAAUGCGCCUUAUGGAGAUGUCAAGAGAUUCUCUCAAUAAUAUGCAUGAUGCACAUACUAAGAGCAUCAACCCAACAGACCAGAUCUACCAGAUCAUCCGUGACAUGAUGCCAGCAGCUGGCGUCAAGUCUGUCAAGCUCUCCGACGUCAUGGAGCUGUGCACCAGCAAAGGCUUCAAGCCUGACCGCGUACACGUGUGUAUUGAGGAGUACGAGGAUCUCAACGUAUGGCAGGUGAACAAUGCCAGGACAAGACUCACUUUUAUCUGAUUGUGUUACGUUAUUAAAAGCUGGAAGUUAGGAGUGGAUGGUAAAUGUUAGGAAAUAAUGGUAAACUUAGAUAGGUCUUUUAAGUACUCAUGUUAUUGCUUUGUAUUUUAAAAACAAGAGUUACCCAUGCCAGGAAAUAAAAAUAAAUAAAAAAUAUGACCCAAAAAAUUGUAAAAUUUUGCUAAUCGUUUACUGUACUUUACAAAAUAAAGUGUACUGAAUUUUAAAAAAAAAAUAAUUUUGAUG